AUGCGAGAGACGUGCAUAUCCAGGACGCCGGCACCGCCUCGCCCUAAGAAAGUUGCCAAGCGGUCUCAGAUACAAGAUUUACAACGGCGUCUCGAGGAGCUGGAAACCUCCAAAGUCACCAAGGUAGACAAGAGCACGCCCAUACUCAGCAUCAACGGUGCCAGCGACUCUCAGUCUCAUCAUGCGACGCCGGACCCAACUAUGUCUACAGACGUCCAACCGAAAAAGGAGCCUCCACACUGUCUGGACGCAGGAUUCAUCAGUCACAUCUUCCCGCCCUUCACGUCGACGACACCGUGGCCCUCCAACGACACGCUGUGCAACAAUCCGUGUCCGAACCAGCCCUGGAUCUCACUAUGGCCGCCCGAGCCCGAGGCCGAGUGUCUGCUGGCCAAGUAUCGAAGAUCCGCGGAGCCACUCUUCCCCUUUGUCAAGGUCCCGAGCAACCUGCGCGCGGCGGAGCUCAAGACGAAGCAUCACUUUCUGUGGAAGGCGAUUAUGAUGGUCGGCACGUUCAUGGACGGCGUCCGGCACGGGCGCGUGGGCGAGGAGCUGCUGGCGGAGAUUGGGCGGAGGACCAUGGUUGAGGGCGAGAGGAGCCUGGAUCUGCUCAGGGGCAUGCAGCUGCUCGUGGCCUGGUUCCACCACGCGCUCGGCAGCUCGAGGCUGACCAACCUGCUGUUCCUACUGAGGAGUGUGGCGCUUGGGCUGGAGCUGAGCGGCAAGGCGGUGGGCGCGGAUGGGGAGAGGGACCUCGAUGCCCUCCGGGCUUAUGCUGGCGUCUACUAUCUCAACACGCUGGUCUUUACGACCAACAAGAGGACCGAGGUGCUGAUGAAUACGAGCCAGCUGGACCAGUGCUGCACGAUCCUCGAGGAGGCCCAGCAAUUCGAGUCGGACGCGCUGCUCGUCAAGCUCGUGCGCAUCCAGCAGCUUGCGCAGUCCAUCUCGCUGACGGUGUUUGUGGAGCCGGGCCAGCAACCGAUGCAGCUGCCCAUGACCAUGGUCGUGCGGUCGUUCCAGGACCAGAUCAACAGCCUUCGACAGUCCUUUGGCUCCGACCUCGAGACAUUCCCCAUGCUGGAAGCCCACAUCUGCAUCGCCCAGAUCCUCCUCACCGAAUGGGCCAUUUCCGACCUGCACCUGGCCACGCCCAUGACGGACCGUCUCAACCUCCUGUGGACCUGCCUGCGCGCGCUGCGCAAGUUGUUCGACGGCCGCGUCCAGGAGUGGACCGACCUCGACAACCCGCAGUUCCUCUGCCUCUCGGGCUCGGACGUGUCGUACGCACUCAUCGUCGGGAUCCGGCUCAGCACGCUGCGCCUGCCGGGCUGGAACCUGGAGCAGAUUGAGCAGGAGCUGCGGUUCGGGGCCAUUAUGGACGCCGCGAUCGAGCACCUCUCCCUGGUGGUGGAGAGGCGGCGGACGGGCGUGUUCAGCGUGGCGGCGCGCAGCGAUGGGCGCGCCGAUCCGUUCACGGGCCUGCUGCGGCUCUGUCAGAGGAUGAGCGUUCACGUGCGUGAGGAGAUGAGGCGCGCGGCCGAGGACUACAGGAUGGGCAGCGCCGCUGUGGACGACGGCGGGCUGACGGCGGGCGGACUGGGCGAUGGGUUCUGGAGGGCCAUGAUGGGGCAGUCGGGGGCGGUUUGGGGGGAUGCCAUGCCUCACAUGGAGAAUUUCGACGGUCUGCAGAUGGGUUUCUAG